UUGAGUUAAUUAUCAACCAAGCUCUGGUCAAGUCAUGGCCGACGCAGGAUUUUUCAAAGGCACUUCUGCAGACCAGGACCGUCGCUUCUCUGACAAAGAGUUGAAGUUGUUAAAGUCUAUGAAAUUUCCAUCAGAGUUUGAUAAAAAGGUGGACCUCAAAAAAGUAAAUCUCAACGUCAUACGUCCAUGGAUCGCCAAAAAAGUCACGGAACUCGUUGGCUUCGAAGAUGAAGUGGUCGUCGAAUAUGCCAUGGGUCUCCUCGACGACCCGAAUCAUACCACUCCAGACCCAAAGAAAAUGCAGAUAAACCUGACAGGUUUCCUCACGGCAUCGACACCCUCAUUCAUGACAGCCCUGUGGUCUCUACUGCUGGAGGCUCAGGAGCAUCCCGCAGGCGUCCCACAGACGUUUGUGGAGGAGAAAAAAGAGGAAAUGCGCAAAGCCCGCGAGGGUGACGUGCGUGCCAUAGGUGAGAGAGACAGGAGGGUCCGUCUCGACGAGAUAAGAGACCAGGAAAGAGGUGAACGUACAGGCCGCGGGCGCGGAAGGGGUAGAGGCAGAGGCAGAGGCGGAUUUGAAGGUGGUGGCCGAGGCAGAGAUAACGGUUGGGGUGGACGUGGUGGCGGCGUAAGUCCAUUCAGUGUUUGUUUGAGCCUUCGAGACUUAUACCAUAUAGCGUCCUGGUCGCAGGAUAUCUCGUAGUCCACCGCCCCAUCGCAGGCGCUCCCCAUCUCCGAACUCUCCAUUUGACGCAAGAAGUUCCCGAUCCCCGCCUCCUUCCCUCAGACGUUCGCGCUCUCCGAGGCGUUCCAGAUCUCGCAGUCCUGUGUACCGCCGAAGCUCUCCUCCGCCCCGUAGAUCCCGGACGCGCUCACCCCCUCCUCGUCGCCGACGUUCCUUGACUCCUUCUCCUCGCCGCCGCAGACGUUCGCCAUCGGUUGAAUCUCGAUCUUUAUCGCCUCCGCCACCAAGGAGACGGAGACGGUCUCCCAGUUACUCGCGCUCGCCUCCACGGAG